AUGAUGCAAGCUCUGCACGAUCUCCUGCUUCUCUGCCUUCUGACAUGUGUUGGACAAAAUGCACAGGGGAGUGAAAUCAUAAAUGGCCGACCGGUGCCGGAGAGUUUGAUGCGGUAUAUGGCCUCUGUGCAGAUCAAUGGAAAACAUGUAUGUGGAGGAUUUCUCGUCAGCGAAGACUUUGUGCUCACGGCUGCACAUUGUGACAAAAACUCUCCGAUGGAGGUCGUACUCGGCACCCACAAUCUGAAGAAGGUCAAUAAUGACAGGAUGAGAUUCAGUGUAAAGACAUGCAAGCACAAAUAUUAUGACAAAGUUGAAUCUGGCAAUGACAUCAUGCUCCUCCAACUCUCCAGGAAAGUUCAGUUGGACAAGAAAGUGAAACCGAUCCAGCUGGCAAAAAAGGCGAUCAAAGCCACGGACAACAUGAAGUGUCUGGUGGCUGGAUGGGGUUUCACAGCAACUAAUGGCAAAGCUGUCGAUGUGCUGAACCAGGCAGAUGUGCCGCUCAUUGACCUCAAUGUCUGUAAGAAACAGUGGAAGUUCCAAAAGGUUGUUCUUCCAAAGGGUGUCCUCUGUGCAGGUGGAUUUGGCACAAAGAAUGGAUUCUGCCAGGGUGAUUCUGGUGGUCCUCUGGUGUGCAACGGGACGGCAGUCGGUAUCGUGUCUUUCAACAUGAACGGAAACUGCGACUACCCAAAUCGACCCAACGUCUACACAGACAUAUCGCAGCACCUGGCCUGGAUCAGAAACAUUCUCAAGAAGAAGAGAUGCUGA